GGGGCGGGGCGGGCGGCGGAGUUUAAACGCGAACAGGCGGCGGGACCGAACCCCCCUGAGAGCGCAAUGGCGGGCCCGGCCCCCGCCGCCGCCCGGCCCCUCCGAGGACAGUCCUUCUACCUCGACCUGCCCGGCGGGAGGAGCGCCCGGCACCUGGCGGAGGCCAUCGAGCGGCUCGGCGGGGUGACCGAGAGCUUCCUCAGCAAAGAAGUCACGUACGUGGUGUCCAGCAACAAAGAGGCCAAACGGGACAGAGCCAGGACUGGGGAUGGGAAGCAGAGCAACCCAACUUCAGGAGACACCAAACCCACGAGCUCAGGGCCUGCUGCCUUCAAAGGGAACCCACCCAGACCUCACCAGAAGCCACCAGACACUGCCCUGCUGAGCCGGGGGAAGGAGCUGCUGCAGAAGGCCAUGAAGAACCAGGACACCUGCAGUGGCAGCAGCAUCCUCGCCAACGCUCGCCUGUGGGGAGUCCAGAUCCUGCACGUGGAUGAAAUGUUGUCCUAUGCCCAGCAGCUGCUGGAAGCCAUCUCGGGAGUGAGGAAACGCUGCCAGAAGGCGGAGGGGAAAUGCCUUGCCUCUGGAUCCAAAAUUCACAAAGGAGGAAGGCUGAAGCCCCCUUUUCUGAAGGUUGAAGACCAGAGCAGGCAAUUCCGGCCCUUCCAUCACCAGUUCCAAAGCUUUCCUGACCUGAACUUCCUGGCUCCCAAAAGCUCCAGCCCAUUUGAGCCUCUGAAAAGCCUCUCGAAUUCCUGCCAAGCCAGGGGGGCAGGAGGCCGUGCCCUGCGCAGUGACGGAGGGAAGAGCCCCUGCUCCACCCCGGUGCCCAGGAAACGGAGGGGAUUCUGUGAGUGCUGCCAGGAGACCUUCGAAGAGCUGCACAAGCACCUCCAGAGCCCCCGGCACCAGCGCUUUGCCCAGGAUGACUCCCAGUACAUCCCCGUGGAUCAUGUCAUCUCACAGAUCACCAGCAGCUUCAUGCAGUGCUCAGACAGGGUGCCACAGCCCUGCCUGGCAGAUGAACAUUUAGUGCCUCAAGCACAUGGUACUGGAGGAGUGGAAAUGCUGACAGAGCUGGGAAAGGAAGGGGAGCAACCAGAGCAGGGUGCUGUGGAACUGGUAAUGGAUAUGGAGCAGGAUCACGACCUGAAGAUCAAGGGAUGUUCCCCCUGCCUGCCUGGGGACAGGGCCAGAGAUCCCAGAGAAGGAGGGGGGCUGUCAGAACACAGCUCUGCAGGGCUGCCUAGGGGAGCAGAGCUCAGGGGAGGGGUCUGUGCUGUCCCUGGCACCACGGAGGGGGCUGGGCUGGGGGGUGCAGGUCUGGGUUCGGCCCCUGCCCCGGGCUGGGGAUCCUGUGCAGGGGCUGCUCCUGUCACACAGGCAGUUGCUCCUGCAUCUGAACCUCAUGGCCAGCAAUUGCCUGGGUCUGUGAGCCACCCCCCAGAGGCACUGCCUGUCCCCAGGAAGCGCCUGCUGUCCCCCAGCCAGAGCUGCCAGGUGGGGAAGAGGCCCAGGCUGGAGCAGGGGGAGCAGGAGGACCCGGUGCAUGGUGGGCUGGGGGCACAGGGUGCAGGGCAGAUGUCUGAGCCAGGCCUGCCCGGUGUGACACAGCUCUGCAGCAGACCUCGUGGCUCCCUGGCUUUGGAUCCGUGCCUGGGCAGGAGCCCUGGGGACCCGGGAUCCCUGGGAGCUGUGGAUCCUGCAGGAGCUGCUCCAGCCGGCACCGUCAGCGAACGUGGCUGGAGCGGGGCGAGUGUGAGAUCCCAAGGGCAGCAGCUCCAAGGGGAUGGUGCCACCCCCGGGAAUGGGAGCAGCCUGGAUCUGGAGAGCACAAGCACACGGGCUGCUCCCGGCGCCGGCAGGAGCUCCUCCGAGUCAGAGUGGGAUGUGCAGCUGCUCCCCCUGCCAACGGGUGUCCAGGGCAGCAGGAUCCCAGCUGUGGACAGGGACGUGCUCCAGAGGACACACGGCAGGGGCAGGGACAGCGGGUACGAGUCCCGGCUGUGCUCGGUGCUCUGGCGGGACCUGGAGCCGGGCUGGGCGGGCCAGGAGAGCGGGAACUGCCGGACCUGCUGCACGGACACCAGAGGAGCCCCUUUCCCUGUAUUUGAGACAUUUUGUGGCAGCUGGACGAGCUAA